CAAUACACGCACACAACUCACACAUAAACACAUAACAUUCUCAAAGAGCGAACGUUCAAGCGAUUUGGUAGCACUUUUCUGUCGCUGUUAAUUAACAGCAGGGCUUAGAGCAGCGUUAACAGCUGAGAGAGAGAGAGAGCGAGAACGUGCAUUAUUUGCGUCCUCCCACUCCUUGAACACAACGCACAACGAAUACACUUACACACACAUGCAUAUCGACAUGGAUAGAGAGAGCCUGCCGCGCGUUCCAGACACACACGGCGAUGUCGUCGAUGAGAAAUUAUUCUCGGAUCUUUACAUACGCACCAGCUGGGUGGACGCUCAAGUGGCACUCGAUCAGAUUGAUAAGGGCAAGGCGCGUGGCAACCGCACGGCAAUCUAUCUGCGUUCAGUAUUCCAAUCCCACCUCGAAACGCUCGGCAGCUCCGUGCAGAAGCAUGCGGGCAAGGUGCUAUUUGUGGCCAUUUUGGUUUUAAGCACAUUUUGUGUGGGCCUCAAAAGCGCACAGAUACACUCGAAGGUGCAUCAGCUGUGGAUACAGGAGGGCGGUCGACUCGAAUCGGAAUUGGCCUACUCGCAGAAGACGAUCGGUGAGGAUGAGUCAUCGACGCAUCAGCUGAUCAUACAAACGGCACACGAUCCGAACGCAUCUGUGCUGCAUCCGCAAGCGUUGCUCUCCCAUCUGGAGGUGCUCGUCAAGGCGACAGCGGUCAAGGUGCACAUGUUCGAUACGGAAUGGGGCCUGCGGGACAUGUGCAAUAAGCCGACAACGCCCAGCUUCGAAGGACACUAUUAUAUUGAGCAAAUACUUAAGCAUCUGAUACCGUGCUCGAUAAUAACGCCACUCGACUGCUUCUGGGAGGGCAGUCAACUGUUGGGACCCGAAACUCCAGCCUACAUACCUGUCCUCAAUCAGCGACUGAUGUGGAGCACCCUAAAUCCAACAGGUGUGAUGCAGUUCAUGAAACAGCAUAUGUCCGAUCAGAAAACCAGUUUUGACUUCGACACCGUCGAACAGUAUAUGAAACGUGCGGCGAUCAGCAGUGGCUACAUGGAGAAGCCCUGCCUCAAUCCCAAGCAUCCCCACUGCCCGGAUACGGCGCCCAACAAGGGCAGCCAGCAGCCACCCGACAUUGGUGCGAUACUCACCGGCGGCUGUUAUGGCUAUGCAACGAAGCAUAUGCAUUGGCCGGAACAGCUGAUUGUGGGCGGAGCACAGCGCAAUCGCAGCGGCCAUUUGAGGAAGGCCAAAGCGCUGCAGACGGUGGUGCAACUGAUGACCGAGAAGGAGAUGUUCGAUCAGUGGCAGGAUAACUACAAGGUCCAUCACAUCGGCUGGUCACAGCAGAAGGCCGCCGAGGUCCUCAAUGCCUGGCAGCGUAACUUCUCGCGCGAGGUGGAGCAGCUGUUGCGCAAACAGUCUCGGAUUGCGGUCAACUAUGACAUCUUUGUGUUCAGCUCGGCCACCUUGGAUGACAUUCUGGCCAAGUUCUCGCAUCCGUCGGCGGUUAGCAUUGUGAUUGGUGUCGCUGCCACCGUUCUCUAUGCCUUCUGUACGCUGCUGCGCUGGCGUGAUCCUGUCCGUGGCCAGAGUAGUGUUGGCGUCGCCGGUGUCCUGCUCAUGUGCUUCAGCACGGCAGCUGGAUUGGGUCUGUGUGCCCUGCUCGGCAUUGUGUUCAAUGCGGCCAGCACACAGGUGGUGCCAUUUCUGGCACUUGGCCUCGGUGUGGAUCACAUCUUUAUGCUGACGGCGGCGUAUGCGGAAAGCAAUCGCAAGGAGCAAACGAAACUAAUUCUGAAGAAGGUUGGACCGAGCAUCCUGUUCAGUGCGUGCAGCACGGCUGGCUCCUUCUUUGCCGCCGUCUUCAUCCCAGUGCCGGCGCUGAAAGUGUUUUGCCUGCAGGCGGCGAUUGUUAUGUGCUUCAAUUUGGCGGCGGCUCUACUGGUUUUCCCAGCGAUGAUCUCGUUGGAUUUGCGGCGACGCACCGCCGGACGAGCGGACAUCUUUUGCUGUUGCUUUCCGGUGUGGAAGGAGCAACCCAAGCACAUGAACAACAAUAAUAUGCGAAGUGGACGCCACCUGAAGAAUUGCAACAACAAUCGCACAGCUCAACCAGCACAGAAUCCACUAUUGGAAUCGCGUUCAACGGGCAUCAUCAGUGGCGGCUCCUCGCUGCCCUCGUUCUCGCUGGCCAGCUUUGCCUACAAGUAUUAUACGCCGUUUCUCAUGCGCAGCUGGGUUAAGUUUCUGGCCGUGAUGGGUUUCCUGUGCGCCGUCAUCUUUAGUCUGUAUGAGGCGACAUCGUUGCAGGAUGGCUUGGACAUUAUCGAUCUGGUGCCCAAGCAGAGUAACGAGCACAAGUUUCUGGAUGCACAGACGCGUCUCUUUGGCUUCUACUCGAUGUAUGCGGUCACCCAGGGCAACUUUGAGUAUCCGACACAGCAGCAGCUGCUCUGCGAUUAUCAUGAGGCAUACGUCCGGGUGCCGCAUGUCAUCAAGAAUGAUAAUGGCGGCCUGCCGGACUUUUGGCUGAUCCUCUUCCGCGACUGGCUGACCAACUUGCAGCGCAUCUUCGACGAGGAGGUGCGCGAUGGUCGGAUCACAAAGGAGAACUGGUAUUCGAAUGCCAGCAGUGAUGCCAUCCUCGCCUACAAGCUGAUGGUCCAAACGGGCUAUGUAGACAAUCCGGUGGACAAGAGUCUCGUCGAAUCGAAUCGGCUGGUGAACGGCGAUGGCAUCAUCAAUCCCAAAGCAUUCUACAACUAUCUGUCCGCCUGGGCGACAAACGAUGUCUUUGCCUAUGGCGCCUCACAGGGCAAACUCUAUCCGGAACCGCGUCAGUAUUAUCAUGCGCCCAACGAAUACGAUCUGAAGAUACCGAAAAGUCUGCCACUGGUCUACGCACAGAUGCCGUUCUAUCUGCACGGAUUGACGGACACGUCCGAGAUCAAGACACUAAUUGGCCACAUACGCGAUUUGAGUGUCAAGUUUGAAGGAUACGGUUUGCCCAACUAUCCCUCAGGCAUACCGUUUAUCUUUUGGGAACAGUAUAUGACGUUGCGCUCCUCGCUGGCCCUCAUCCUGGCUUGUGCUUUGUUGGCCGCCUUGGUUUUGGUUUCGCUGCUGCUGCUGUCCGUUUGGGCUGCCGUUCUCGUCAUCGUCACUGUGCUGGCCUCGCUCGCCCAAAUCUUUGGCGCCAUGAGCCUGCUGGGCAUUAAGCUAUCCGCGAUUCCAGCCGUCAUCCUAAUACUCGGCGUGGGCAUGAUGCUCUGCUUCAAUGUUCACAUCACACUGGGUUUUAUGACUUCGGUGGGCAAUCGACAGCGGCGCGUUCAUCUGGCCAUGCAGCUGUCACUGGGUCCCUUGGUGCACGGCAUGCUCACCUCUGGCAUGGCUGUAUUUAUGUUGUCCACAUCGCCGUUUGAGUUUGUCAUACGUCACUUUUGCUGGCUGCUGCUGGUUGUGCUUUGUGUGGGCGCCUGCAACAGUCUGUUCGUGUUUCCCAUAAUCCUCAGCAUGCUGGGACCCGAGGCGGAACUGGUGCCACUGGAGCACACCGAUCGUAUAUCGACGCCGUCACCCAUACCAAUGCGCAGCAAGCGCUCCAAUAAAUCGUAUACGGUGAAUGGGACGCGUGGCUCGUCGCGCAACUCCAGCUCGAAUAACUGCCACAAGGCGCAUCACAAUCACAAGGAUGUGAACAUCAAUGAUCCAUCGCUGACGACAAUCACCGAGGAGCCGCAAUCGUGGAAGUCCAGCAAUUCGUCCAUACAAAUGCACAAUGAUUGGAGUGCGCCGUCGACGCCAACGCACAAUCACAACAAUCACAACAAUCACAGCAAUCACAACAAUCACAGCAAUCACAGCAAUCACAACAAUCAUGGCAAUCACAAUUACAAUCCCAAUCUGAACAAUCAUUAUAUGAACAACAUUAACAAUUAUCAGCAACGCGAACGAGAACGCGAACCACAAUCGCAGUACAACCACUCGAAUUGCACAUAUGCGGGUCCACCACCAUCGUAUCACAAGGCCUCGCAGUCACACACACCGCUCGGUAGCUAUGGACCCGGGCCGGAGCUGCAGAGCAUUGUGGUGCAGCCGGAGGUGACAGUGGAGACGACGCUGUCGGAUAGCAACACCACCAAGGUGACGGCGACCGCUAAUAUCAAAGUGGAGCUGGUCACGCCGGGUCGAGCGGUGCGCAGCUAUAACUUUACAAGUUAGCCCCUGGCACUCUAGUUCCAGUUCCUGUAGCCAUUAACCUAGAUAGCCUAUAGCCCAUAAACUAUAACUGUAAACUAUAAAAAUGUAAUCUGUAAAACUGUAAUCUGUAAAACUGUAAUCUGUAAAACUGUAAUCUGUAAUCUGUAUGCAUGAUAGUUAAUUACACCAUAUAUACACAAUAUAUAUAUAUAUAUAUAUAGCGAGAGAGAUCAGCUGCUAAGCUUUGUAUGUAUGUAUUUGUUAGCACCUAAGGCAUUCUUAUAAUUAUAGAGUUAUUUAUUGUAACACACACAAACAAAAAAAAAACACACACAAACACUGCUAUGUACUUAUAUUCGUCUUAUAUUCGUUCAAAUGUCGAAAACCAACAAAAAACAACAUUAGUAAUUUAUAGCAUUUAAAUUAGUUUAAAUAUGUACAUAAAACACAAGGACUUGAACCAAAAUAGUAUCGCUUAAAAAAAAAAAACAAAAACAAAACACAAUGAAUCUAAGAAUAAAUAUAAAAACAAAAAAAAAAAAAAAAAAACACAAAAGUCGAAGUCUAAAAAAGCAAGUGAGAAGAAUCCCUUCCGUAGGUACUUACAACCAAAAUUAAUAAAUGAAAGCAAAAAUAUAUAUAUACAUAAGUAUAUAAUAAAAUGUUUACGCUCAAGGGACAUGGACAGGGACAAUGAGUUGGGGUCCUGUUGCCAAAUAACACACACAAACACACACAUUAUACAGUUCUUAAAAAGCGAAAGCAUUUAAAUAAAA